GUCGUGGUCUAGUCUGUCCCGGACUUGUUUACAUUUUUCUUUCAUUCUUUAUCAGUUGAAAAUUUCAUUCUUCAUUCAGCAUUUUGAGAAAAAUGAGAAUGCAUUAAUAUCAUAUUUAGAGAUUGAAAAUGGUAUUUCAAAAAUGAUGGACGACGUUCCCAGACCUCUACCUCGAACCAGAAUCAGUGCCAAAGGUGUCCGUAAACUAGAAGACCGAGAACUCGAUGAAAAUUACGAUUCGCCUCCUAAACCUUUAACACGAACCAAAAGUCGACAAGGUUCGGUUACAGUGAUCCAAAUCGAAGACGAACCGGACACAAAUUCCGUUCACGAAACCCUUCAUGAAAAUACUUCCGUCGUCCAUUCCGAACCACUGGACGACAAACAAACGAAACUCGAACAUAAUAAUGAACCUGAUGAAAAAAGUAGCAGCGAUGCUGAUCCUAAAUCAGAAACAGUUUCAUCGAUUAGUAACAAAGACCCGGAUGAAAAUACAUCUGUAUCUGCCAAUGUGAGCGAUGUUAGUAGUAAAGAGAACGUAAUUAAUGACGAUGACGAUGACGACGUGAUCGAUGAAAUAUUAAAAUAUAGAAGAACCGCAUCUCGAGACAGGAAUACGAUGAAAGACGAUGCUUCGAGUUCACAAAGAGGAGACUCUGGAUCGAUGAGAAAUUUACAAAAUACCGACGGAUCAGAAUCUUCGAAUCAAUUGUCGGAGGAUUUAUUGGGAAUCUGUAUCCAUCGAAGCGACUGCUUGAAAAUGAAUCACAUUAUACGACAUCCUUCGAUCAUGGUUCACAUAGUCGACAGUGAAAAAGAUGGCGUUUAUUUACAAAAAAGCAAACCCGAUAAAAACGUAACCUAUCAUCAAGAACAAUCCAGCUUCAUACUGCCAGUGAUGACUAGACCGUUCAAUUUCAAAGAAAACAGAUCAAUAAUUCCGGAAUGGGAGGAAACUCUGACGUUUAAUGAAACUACAUCUUACGUAAUAAAACCAUCGACUAUAUUUUUCUUCGAAAUAGUCGAUUUCGUCGACUCUACUCAUACAGACGACGAAUACGCGUCCGUCGGCUGGCGUCGUAUUGCUUGGGCUUUCCUCAAACCCGUCGGUACGAAUAAUAUCCUCAACUUGGAAAAAUUACUCAGAUUGCAGCUGUACAAACCUAUACAGAAAUCGAAAACUUUACCUAGUGUUAGCGUUCCGUGUGUUUACAAAUGGUACAAGAAGAAGAAAUGGAAUCCGUAUCCUUCGACGUUAUUCGUAACAGUGAAAAAUAUCUCGUUCAAUAACGUGGAUAGUAAACCUCAACAAAGAUCUUGUACUCCUUUUCAACCAGAGGUAGGCUCAGAUGCGAGUGUUAAAUCUUUGGCAGCAUUCAGCAAUGAUGACGAAGACGAAGCUGAUACUAAACUCGAUAAUUCUUCGGCUCUAAUUAGACUGAACGACUUAGAAUGGAAUAGAAUGGCCGGUCAAACGUGUAAAAUUCCCAAUUCCAAAAUCAGCACUCUCCAUCCAGAUCCCAGAGGCUGUUUGGCAGUGAAGUUCAGCAACUCUGGUAUUUUCCUGGCCUGCGGUACAUCCAGCGAUGUGUUCAUCUACGCUAUCGACGGAGCGAUAGAAAAGAAACUCGUUAAUCAUCAAGGAUUAAUUUACACGUUAUCCUGGUUCACAGAUGAUAGUUUACUUUUAUCUGCGUCUGCCGAUUGUACCGCGUGUAUUUGGGAUAUGAAGUCGUCGAAUUUGAAUCCUAUACAGAUGCUUCCUCAUCCAGCAUUCGUAUACUGCAGUACGUUUCUGUACCCGGAAAAAAUUAUAGUAACUGGAUCAUACGAUGGUAUGGUUCGCAUCUGGUACCAAACUCACGUUACAUCAAAAGUAUGGCAAUUACAUCAAGAAUUAGCUGGUCACAAAGGAUUCGUUAACGCCUUAUGCUCGUUCAGAAAUAAGGAAUUCUUCAGUGGUGAUAGCGUAGGCGUUAUUGUACACUGGGCUUUUGACGAAUGUGGAAGAUGGAACAGUAUAAGCGAAAUCAGGUUGAUGGAAAUUCAAAACAUUAUUAUAAACAAACUGAUCGUAUUCCCCGGAGAUAAACGACUUAUGAUCCAUACUCGAGAUAGUUUACUACGUACGCUGGAUAUCAAGACCGAAGUUGCCAUUCAAUGGUACCAGGGAGGUUUGAACGAUAGUUUUCAAUGCAAUUGCGCGAUUACUCCCUGCGGUAGCUUCGUGUUAUCUGCCAGCGAAGACGGCACCGUCAAUGUAUGGGAAAGCAAUACGGGCAAACAAGUCGCUUUCUAUUCGGGUAAUUUUGUAUCCGGAUGUGGAGGUGCUGUGGAUUACCAUCCUCACGAUCAUAUCGCCGUGUUCUCGUUUUAUUCGUCUAAAAGCUCGACUUCGUCAUCGGUGGUUUACCUUUUGAAGUAUUCGCCGAAUGCGUCGAACGAUAUUGAUAUUGGAUUGUAUAUUUUGAGUGAUACUUUGAAUUAUUCUCAAAAGAACGAUAAUGUUUCUGUUUCUUCUAUCAACGGCGAUGAAAAUGAAUCCGCCAGUGGAAAGAUGAAAAUAAGGAAAAAAGGAUAUCAACCUUUUCGUUAUUGAUCAUCGAAAAAUCGAAGUUAUUUUUUUCAGUCACCACGUUUGUAUUCAUUUUAAUUUUAAAUUCAAAUAUUUUUUUCUUUUUUAGAUUAAAUUAUCAUCGAAUGAAAAUAAAUGAUUAUUUGUAGUGAGA